GGUGCUGUGGCAUCUUAUUUCUUUCCAAAAGCAAACGAAUAAUGGAGGUCAGUGGUAGUUUUGCUUCCCUAGUUUUCUUAGUCACUGAUCUCAUCCACUCACGCCUAUUUCUAAGUUGCUGGCGCGAUUUCUUCUUGCUCACUAGUCAGUAUCAUAAUCUCCUUCUUCUUUGUGUAGCCUCCAUUGCAAACCAUGUCGACCUCCGCCUCCUCCUCAACCAUUGUGGUCGGAACGGUGAACAGAUGCCAUCUGCUCAAGAUCGACUCCUACUCGCGCACCAGGGAUCUGCUCCCCUGUGGCACCUGCGCCACAUCGCGCGACUUCCGUGUGGGAAACUAUACCGCGCACAUCCAGUGCUACCCCAGCAACUACUACGUAUCCCUCAAACUCAUUCUGGAUAUUGGUACGUCUGUUCUCCACCACAAGAGGGGGCAGGUUCAGUUCAGUGUGCUUGAUCAGGCCUGUAAGCCAGUUUCUGAGUACACCAAAACAACCACGAUUGACUUUACGCUGAACCAGGAUAGCUUCACCUUCUUUCGGCGAAGAAACCCCCGUUUCACCUUCUCAGCUGAUUUAACAAGGGUUGAAAAAUUUGAGAAAUGGGUGCUCCUCAACGGCGAUUGCUUCACGAUCAGGUGCGAUAUAACCCUCAUGGAGGCACCCAGCGCUACAACUCCAGUCGAACCAGAUGCUGUCGCACCACCGUCGGACCUGCACCGCCACCUGGGCGGUCUGCUCCUAGGCGGAGAGGGCGCAGAUGUGAAGUUCCAAGUGGGGGAAGAGUCGUUCCACGCGCACAGAUGUGUGCUUGCUGCCCGGUCGUCGGUGUUCAAGGCGGAGUUCUUCGGUCCUAUGGCUAUGGAGGAGCACACCGUCAAAGGUGUUGUGCAUGUGGAUGGCGUGGAAGCUCAGGUAUUCAAGGCUUUUCUACAUUUCGUGUAUACGGACUCGCUGCCGGACAUUAGCAAAGAAGAGGAGAUAUGGAUGGCUCAGCAUUUGCUCGUAGUGGCAGAUCGGUAUGACACGGAGAGGUUGAAGCGUGUGUGCGAAGACAAGCUGCUCAAGAGUAUUGAUGUGAACUCGGCCACCACUACGUUGGCUCUAGCUGAGCAGCAUCACUACUACGGGCUCAAGGAGGCUUGCUUGGAUUUUCUCGAGCUCCCUGGGAACCUUAAAGCAGUGGUGGCGAGUGAUGGCUUCGACCAUCUAGCCACAAGCUGCCCCGCCGUUCUAAGGGAGAUAAUCGCAAAACUUGCUGAGCUUUGACUUCCAGGGCAAACUCUUCAAUGCGGCAACUUAAUCGCCUUUAAUCUGGAACAUCCAUUGGACAAGGGUUCAGCACUAGGGUUAGGGUUGCAGGAGGCGCCCGCUUCCCGUCCCGCAUAAGAAAAUUUAGAGCAAAAUGAGGUACGGAAUAGAUCAGAAUUAGAGAAACAUCUGUUCACAGCCCGUGCCGCUUGCCACUCUAAUCGGGUUAUUUCUUCUUGUAAUCAGUUGCCUAUGAAGAAAGCUUGAUAAACCCAUUUCCCCCCUAUUUCUGUCACUUCAGUUUUAUCGCUGCAUGGUUCUACUGUAUGUCUGUAUCUCUUCCGCUUGCCUUUUCUUCUUUCCUGUAGCCCCCAUAAUCACCUCUAAGAGGAUCUUCAACAGGUGAUGUAUAGAGUACCUUGGGCAAAAAAAAGGAGCUCCAGUAGGUGAUGAUGCACUCGAACAAAUAGCAAUUUCAGUUGUCAGAAUGAUUCUAGAUCAUGUAACCUGAUAGAAUACUUUGCUGCUAACGGAACUUGUGAAACUCCUUAAAGAGAAGAAUA